AUGGUAUUAAAAAUAGAGCCAGGGGAAAAAGAACAGUCGCAAGAAUGCUAUUCUGCGAGGAGCAAGGUAGACAAAGCCCCUACCAACGCGUGCAGUGACACAGAUAGCUCCGACGAUGAAUUCGAAGUUCUGUCAGAAUUCCGUGCAACUGAGCGGGAGCUGACUUCUGAACUACCAAGAAUCGUACGACACCUGGUAUGGUCUGAAGUCGGUCGAGCCAUGUAUUCUGAAGAUGUUUCAAAAGAGCGCUCCCAAGGAGAUGCAGAGAAAGAUGCUGCCAGACUACACGGUAUCUUUACAUCCAUGGUUCUCAUGGAACUUAAGAGCCCUCAGCUAAGUACGCUGUCUCAGGAUUUCGAGGCAGAACAAUGCGAGAACUGCCCACUUGCCUUGGUCUUGAAAGAUAUCAUUAGAAUGGCUGCUGAUCCAUGGAAAGAUACUUUGAACCAUCAAUUUGAUUUGGGCAUUGUGUAUGGUGAGGAAAUUGCUAAAAUAAAGCAAGAUGAGUCUAUGCGCGCCAACUUAGCCACGGAUAUGUGA